AUGGCUGGCCGUUUUGUGCGGGCUUCCAAGUACCGACACGUCUUUGGCAAGUCGACGAGAAAGGAAUUCUGCUACGACAACAUCCACAUCAGCCGCAAUGCUUGGGACACAAACUUGGUCAAGGUCAACCCCGAGUAUCUCUCAGUCAAUUGGGAUGCAUCUGGCGGCGGCGCAUUCGCCGUCGUCCCCCUGAGCGAGCGAGGAAAGGUGCCCGACCAGAUCCCGCUGUUUCGCGGACAUACCGCUUCUGUUCUCGACACGGAUUGGAACCCUUUCAACGACAACAUCAUCGCCUCUGCGUCGGAAGAUGGCAAGGUCUUUAUCUGGGAGGUCCCUCAGGGCUUUACUCUUCACACUGACGCCGAGGAUAUCGUCGACGUUGCGCCCGUGAGCAAGCUGGCUGGUCACUCGAGAAAGGUCGGACAGGUCCUCUUCAACCCCUCGGCCGAGAACAUCCUGGCGUCGGCGUCGGGCGACUUCACCGUCAAGAUCUGGGACGUGGGCACGGGCCAGUCUCCCCUGGUGCUCCGGCACAACGACAUCGUCCAGAGCCUGUCAUGGAACGCCAGCGGCAGCAUGCUCGUCACCACCUCGCGCGAUAAGAAGAUCCGGGUGUGGGAUGUCCGACAGGAGAAGCCCGUCCACGAGGCCCCCGGCCACGGUGGCGCAAAGAACAGUCGCGCUGUCUGGAUGGGCGAGCACAACCGCUUCGCCACCACCGGCUUCUCGAGGAUGAGCGAACGUCAAAUAGCCCUGUGGGAGCCGGGCAGGACUGAGCCCAUCGGCGGCUUCACCAUGCUGGACUCCAUCUCUGGUGUCUGCAUGCCUUUCUGGGAUGAUGGUUCAAACUGCCUGUACCUUGCUGGCAAGGGUGACGGCAACAUUCGAUACUUUGAGUAUGAGAACGACAAGUUCGAGUUCCUCAGCGAGUACAAGUCUGGCGACCCUCAGCGCGGCAUUGCCUUUAUGCCCCGACGAGGCAUCAACGUGCACGACAACGAGGUCAUGAGAGCUUACAAGACGGUCAACGACUCUUACAUUGAGCCCAUCUCCUUCACUGUGCCUCGACGCGCCGAGACCUUCCAAGCCGACAUCUUCCCUCCUGCCACUGGCAUCCAUCCUGCUGCCAGCGCCAAGGAGUGGUUCGACGGCAAGACCGGCAUCCCUAACAAGAUUGACCUCGAGAGCAUCUAUGAGGGUGGUGCCCCCAAGGAGAUUGCCUCCGACUACAAGCCCCCUGCUGCCGCUCCCGCUCCCGUGGCUGAGAAGCCCGCACCCAAGAAGGAGGAGCCUAAGAAGGAGGAGCCCAAGCCUGCUCCCGUUGUCCGAUCUCCUCCCCCUACCAUGAACGAGCAGAAGGGGUCCAUCUCCGCCAUGGCCUCCAAGUACCAAGACAACGAGGAGGAAGAGGACGACGAGGACGAGACCUCGAGCUUCGAGGAAGUCUCGCGCCCUGCUCAACGUCAUGCCGCCCCCGUGGCCAAGUUCGUCCCUCCCGCUCAGGCUCCCGCUACCACCACUCCCGCUGCCGCCGCGAAGCCAGCCUCCCCGAUCAAGUCCCCCGUCUCCUCGGCCCCGGCCUCCCGCACCGCGUCAUCCUCUGCUGCUCCUGCACCCAGCAGCGGCGGCGACAGCUCGCUCGCCGAGAUCAAGUCGCUCCUCGAGGGCCAGACCAAGCUCAUCAGCGCCCAGAGCCAGCAGAUCGGUCUCCUAGCCGCCGAGGUCGAGGCGCUCAAGCGCAAGGUCAGCUCGGGCUCUCAGGACCAGAGUGAGCGCAUCCGCCAGCUUGAGCUCGAGCUCGAGGAGGCCAGGUCCUGA